CUCAUGGAAUAAAUCUCUUUUUCCCAGUGGCCUGUUAUCCAGCUAAGAGCAAAAAUUAAGUAUUAUAUAAAAAAAUAUUUUUAGCAUCACAGUUUAGGUAAACUUGUUCCCAGGUUUAUUGUCUGUGUUCAGUGUCUAUCAGUUUUAGAGAGAGCUCUUGUCCUGAACUACAUGAAAAGUUCAGUAGUUGCUUUCAAUCCUCCAUGGUUUUUAGGUCUUGAAUCGUAAGGCUCAGUGGGCUGUAGUUCACAGUAGAACCAGCUUCCUGUCUGAUCUGUCACCUCAUAACCAGUUUUUUACACUAUGUGAUGUGAGCAAACCCUUCACUCAACAUGUGGGAUACAUGAGGGCUGUUUGACUUUGAUGUGGACAGGUGUGUGCAGUACAGGGGUUUAAACAAAUGUGGAAACAAAUUCAGCAGCAGUCCCAGCAGCAGUAAUGAGGAUGAGGCUAGAAGCAUAGACAGGGUGUCUGAACCCUGUAGAGUUCCAAGGAAGCUCCGAGCCUGACCUUACUUCCUACUGAGCCCUGAAUCAAACCUCCCUGACCUCUCCAGCUCUCUGACCUGAACACUAUGAAGCUCUGGGUUUGGCUUUGCCUGGCAUUGCUCUGGGUGGUGCUCCAAAAUGGCGACUGCCAACAAGUCAAGCGGAGGAAAGAUGUUGGAGAAAACCGCAUCCGGCCAGGGGGGAAACGGGUGAAAGUACGACACCCCAAACUUAAAGAUGUUGGAGUGAAAGGUCAGUCACUUCUGACCCAGGUUUUAGACAAGGGUCGCUUCUUGCGCCUGGGCCAGACCACGACUCUGACUCCUGGGAGGACUAUGGAGCUUCGCUGCAAAGGAAACUCUAUUGGAUGGUCAUACCCAACCUACCUUGACACCUUCAACGACUCCCGCCUCAGCAUCAAGCAGAGUGACAAAUACAGUCAGCUGAUCCUGACGUCGCCCUCUGCUGCUGACACAGGGCCUUACAGCUGCUGGGUGGUAGUGUGUGAUGGCACAGAGUGUGAGAAAGACAAUGAUCGCGCACAUGUCUCAUACAUCUACUUCACAGACAAAGACAACCUCUUCGUCCCCUCUGCCAUCCACUUUGAGAUUGUGUACCUGCGUCCGAACAGGCCUGCUGUGGUGCCCUGUCGUGUGACUGACCCGCAGGCCACUGUGUCCCUGCACAGAGAGGUCCCUCCAGAAGAGAUCCCAACCAAUGGGACCCUGGUGACCUAUGACCCAACCAAAGGGUUCAUCCUGCAGAACCCAAGCCUGGAGCACCAGGGGGUCUUCUACUGCAAGGCUGUGACCAAAGGCACCCCUCAGAUCUCCACUAAGUACCAGCUGCUCUAUGUGGAAGUUCCCAGUGGGCCUCCAUUUGUGAGCCUUGAAGCGUCUCCAGAGGCUGUGAGCGGAGGAGACAAUGUCAAUGUAACAUGCACUGUGCUGGGGGAGCCAGAGGUGGAUGUGAGCUUCACCUGGUCUUAUCCUGGUCAGGGCCAUCGUCCAGUUCACAUCAACAAUUCCUGGAGGCUGGUUAACAGAGGUCUGAGCCACACCACGCGGGUCUCCCAGAGUGUCAUGACUGUAGACGACAUGGAGACCAUAGACUUUGGAAACUACGUCUGUAAAGCCAAUAACCCGAAUGGUGAGACGGUUGUGUCGAUCAACAUCAUCUCCAAAUAGCCCUGCAACAUUAUUGUUAUAAUUAAUGUAAGUGUGGUGCUGAGAUGCAAGUGUAGCCAGAUGAAAUCUAAAGGUAUAAAAAAUGUAUUUUAUAAUUGCUGAUUGUGAUACAUAAUAAAGACUUGCUACAUCUA